AUGUCAGUCAGUACUUCUCCCAAGGUGGUUGUCAUCGGUGCGGGAGUCAACGGGCUGGCAUGUGCAGUCUGUAUCCAGAAAUGUUGUCCAGAGGCGCAGGUUGAGAUUGUGGCAGAGAACUGGUCACCUAACACAACAUCGGAAAUUUCCGCUGGAUUCUGGGGGCCGUAUGUUGUCGGUGACACAGACCCCGAGGUUAUCAAAAAACACAGCUCGGUGACUCACGAAUAUCUGCUGCAACUGGCUCAUUCACCACUGGCUGGAGAUGUUGGCGUGCAGACGAUAUCUGGCUAUUACUUGUACUACGAUGUUGAACAGGAGAAUGAGAUCAUCAAAUCUGCUACAGACGGAUACAGAAAACUGACACCACCAGAACUGGCCAGGUUUCCCAUGGCAAAGUCUGGGUACUUCCACACAACGGUCCAGGUGGACGUGACACCCUAUUUGCAGUGGCUGACCAAAAGAUUCACUGAGGCAGGAGGUCGAGUACAUAAGAGGAAAGUGUUCAGUUUAAGUGAGUUUGCAGGUCAGUGUGACCUGGUGAUCAACUGUAGCGGCCUGGGAGCUGGCGAUCUCUUGAAGGAUGAGCAGGUUUUCCCCACAAGAGGCCAGGUGUGGAGGGUUCACGCCCCCUGGAUCAAACAUUUCUACCUGUUCAAGCCUCAGCCAGGACAAGAAGACAUCUACAUUCUACCUGGGGUCAAGUACACAGUUGUGGGUGGAACUGGUCAGGUGGCUGACUGGAGGACACAGAUUGAUGAGCAAGACUCUGUGGAUAUUUGGAGACGGGCUCAAAACUUGCUGCCUUCUCUAGCUAGAGCUACGCCAGUAAAAGUUCAGGCUGGACUCCGACCCACCAGAACCACCCUGAGACUGGAGACAGAACUGAUCAAGCUGGAUGGCAAACAGCUGAAGGUAGUUCACAACUAUGGCCAUGGUGGAUGUGGAGUGACCUUACACUGGGGCUGUGCUGUGGAGGCCACCAAACUGGCCCUAGAGCUACUGAACCACUCCACCAGACCCAUCCAACACAUCAGAUCCCGGAUAUAA